GCUGGCUCAAGAACAAGGUGGCGCCGGCCACGACCAACAAGGGCUUGAUCGCUGGCCAGUACUCGCAGCCGGCGAUCUCGUCCGGUACAUGCGGCAGCCUUACCCAGGACGUCGACUUCAGCGGCAACGACAUCAAGAACUUUGCCGUGACGGGGUCGCCCCAAGAUCAGACCAACCAGUGCUGCUCCGCGUGCUCCUCCACGCUCGGCUGCAUCGGCUUUGUCACGCAUAGCAGCACGUGUUGGCUCAAGUACGCGUGGGUCAAGUCGGGCCCCAAGAUCGGCGCUAUCGCGGGCACGUACG